AGGAUCAUUCAUCGCAAUCGCCAUGGCCAUGGCCAAGCUCUCUCUCUCCUCCUCCAUCUUCCUCUCCCUCUCUCUCUUCUUCUGUCUCUUCUCUGCUACCUCUUCAUCCGACGCCUCACAGGCCACCUUCAUCGUCCACGUCUCAAGAUCUCAGAAGCCCUCCCUCUUCUCCUCCCACCAUCACUGGCACUCCUCCAUCCUCCGUUCCCUCCCUCCCUCCCCUCGCCCCGCCACGCUCAUAUACUCCUACUCACGCGCCGUCAAUGGUUUCUCCGCCGUCCUCUCCCCCUCUCAGGUCGCCUUCCUCCGCCUUAUCCCCGCCGUCAUCUCCGUCAUCCCCGACCGAAUCCAUCAGAUCCACACCACUCACACCCCUCGCUUUCUCGGCUUCUCCGGGAACUUCAGCCUUUGGAGCAAUUCCGAUGACGGUGAAGACGUGAUCGUCGGCGUUCUCGACACCGGGAUCUGGCCGGAGCAUCCAAGUUUCUCCGAUUCCGGCCUGGGUCCUGUUCCAUCUUCCUGGAAAGGCGCGUGCGAGAUCGGACCGGAUUUUCCUGCCUCCGCCUGUAGCCGAAAGCUCAUCGGAGCUCGAGCGUUCUACAAGGGAUAUGAAUCGCAUCUGAAUGGAUCCAUGGAUGACUCGAAGGAAUCCAAGUCACCUCGAGAUACGGAGGGGCACGGAACACACACGGCGUCGACGGCGGCUGGAUCGGUGGUGGCAAACGCGAGCUUGUACCAGUACGCGCGUGGGGAGGCGCGUGGGAUGGCGUCAAAGGCGAGGAUCGCCGCCUACAAGAUCUGCUGGAGCAGCGGCUGCUACGACUCUGACAUUCUCGCCGCCAUGGACCAGGCAGUCUCCGAUGGUGUCCAAGUGAUCUCUCUCUCCGUCGGCGCCAAUGGUUUAGCACCGGCAUACCACGAGGACUCCAUCGCCAUUGGAGCCUUCGGAGCGGCUCAGCACGGCGUCGUCGUGUCCUGCUCCGCCGGAAACUCCGGUCCCGGCCCUUAUACUGCCGUCAAUAUAGCUCCCUGGAUCUUAACCGUUGGUGCCUCCACUAUAGACAGGGAGUUUCCGGCAGAUGCCGUCAUUGGCGACGGAAGAGUCUUCUAUGGAACUUCUCUGUACGCCGGGGAAGAUUCUCUCUCGGAUUCACAGAUCCCUCUGGUGUACUCCGGCGAUUGCGGAAGCAGAUUGUGUUACCCAGGGAAAUUGAAUUCGUCGUUGGUGAAAGGCAAGAUCGUGCUCUGUGACAGAGGAGGCAACGCCAGAGUCGAGAAGGGUAGCGCCGUCAAGCAGGCCGGAGGGUUAGGCAUGAUUCUGGCGAACACGGACGAAAGCGGCGAAGAACUCACAGCCGAUUCUCAUCUCAUCCCAGCGACAAUGGUCGGAUCCGCGGCCGGUAACCAAAUCCGCGACUACAUCAAGAUUUCAUCAGAGUCUCCCACAGCGACCAUCCGUUUCGAAGGCACCGUGAUAGGGCCAUCUCCGUCGGCACCAAGAGUCGCCGCCUUUUCAAGCCGUGGCCCGAACCACCUGACGCCGCAGAUUCUUAAGCCGGACGUUAUCGCACCGGGAGUCAAUAUCUUGGCGGGUUGGACCGGGUCGGUUGGUCCGACGGAUUUGGAUAUUGACCCAAGACGGGUCACAUUCAACAUCAUCUCAGGCACGUCUAUGUCGUGCCCUCACGUCAGCGGACUCGCCGCUCUUCUCCGAAAAGCACAUCCAAACUGGUCACCGGCGAUGAUCAAAUCUGCCCUCGUGACCACCGCUUACAAUGUCGACAAUUCUGGCGAAUCCAUCAAAGACCUUGCCACCGGUAAAUCCUCGAACCCGUUCAUCCACGGAGCAGGACACGUCGAUCCAAACAAAGCUUUGGAUCCGGGUUUGGUCUACGACAUAGACAUGAAAGAAUACGUUGCAUUCCUCUGUGCAGUCGGAUAUGAUUGGCCGGCGAUUUCAGUCUUCAUCCAUGAUCCAAAGCUGUUUAAUGCUUGCGAGACAAGCAAGCUGAGGACCCCCGGGGAUCUCAACUACCCAUCUCUCGUCGCCGUUUUGGGAUCAUCCGGUGAGGUUGUGAAGUACAGAAGAGUUGUGAAAAAUGUCGGAAGCAAAGCCGAUGCUGUGUACAAUGUGGGGAUAAACUCUCCAACAAACGUGGAGAUCGAAGUGUCACCGAGCAGGCUUGAGUUCAGCAAGGAGAAGAGAGAGUUGGAGUACGAGGUGACGUUCAGGAGCGUGGUGCUAGGCGGAAGAGUCGGAGCUGAGCCGAGAGAAGAGUUUGGUUCGAUCGAAUGGACCGACGGUGAUCACGUGGUUAGGAGUCCGGUGGCCAUCCGGUGGAGUCAGGGUUCAGUACAGCCGAUCUGAUCUCGGGCCAAUCUCCGACAACGUUGGAAGCUGUUUGGUUUUAGUUACAUUUCCGUCACGUGGGAAUAAUUUCUAGUGGGUUUGGGUUGGGCUUUGGUUAAUGGCCUUUUAUUGUUUAUGGGCCGAGUUGGUGAUCCAUCUCUAGACAAUCGAUUUGUUUGCAUGCUGCACGUGGCGGUGUGGUAUCAACCCAUUCCAAGAAAUCUGGUUCUCGUU